UCCAGUGAGUUUGUUAAGAACUGCCACAGUCCCGAGUUGAUCUGUGAGUUCUGACUGGGGUUGAUCCUAAGGUGCCUCCCAUACUUGUUUCGCCCGGUGUAUCGUACUUCACCAGGUUUAUUAUCUAUUGGAGAUCGCUGUUUGAUUGUCCUGCUAACACACCUUCAGACUUCUAUGUACUACUAGUCUACUUACUAGCACCACAGAUCAUUGCCAGUCAUACGAAAAUGACCCGUCGAAGCCGUCGAUCAGCUGCGAAUAAUUGUGCGCAUGCUGGUGCUGAUGCCAGUCAAACUGUAGGCUUGGCGGGCGAUCAUAGGACAAGAGGAUUUCCUUCUCAUGCGGAUGGGUUGGGAUCUGUCUCUUCUUAUGCUCUCUCGCAGCCGAAUAGUAUUGUGACCUCGUCGGGCGGCCGUGACACGCUAGGCCAUGGAGGCCAGCAAGCUAACUUUCACAUUGUUUCUGCAUGGUUGAAGCCAUUGCGUGUCGCAGAGGCUCCUCAAGCAUCCAAGAAAGAUGUGGUGACGAAGAUGCCAAUUCGUCAAUCUACACAACAACACUUGCUAAGGACAGACUCACCGAUUGCUCAGGCAAAGCCCGCACUCAAGUCGGGCAAGAAGGCGGGCAAGAAGGCGGAGAAGAAGGCGAAGAAGAAGACGGAGAAGAAGGCGGAGAAGAAGGUGGAGAAGAAGGCGGAGAAGAAGAAACGAAAACCAUUCUACAAGGAGGUGAAGAAGGAGAUCAGAGGACCAGCAUACUGGAAGAAGAAGGCGGAGGAGGAUGCGCGCCUAUUAAACAUUGCCCGGAGAAUCUGGGGACAUGCAGUAGGAAAAAAGGCAGCUGAAUACAGGCGAAGGAUAGUGGCCAAGAAGUGUAAGAGACGUCGCCGUGUCUCACGCAAAUGGAUGGAGAAAAAGGAGGGCAAUAAUCGAGAGGCACGUCACAAAAAACAAGACCAAAAGCAAUUUUUCGUAAAUUUCAAUAAAGCGUAUGAAGAUAAGCUUCGGAUUGGUAAGUGCUGUAUUUUCGAAAGAACGUUGGGCCAUUUCACCAUCGCCGCUUCCUAGAGAGGAGGAGAGAAUAUGCAAUUCUCAGGAGCGCAGGCAGAGGAGUCGAAUCAUCACAUGCUACCAAAUGGGCCCAGGGAAAUAAGGGGAAGUAUUUCAGAUGCCGGUCCGGCGCAGAAGGAGGCGA